AUGCAAUGUGAAUGUAUAUAUAGGAAGAAGGAUGAAGAAGAAGAAACGGUGUUUGUGGCGGCGGCGAGGAUGGGGAACAUGGACACUCCGCCGGACGACAAUCACACUUGGCGUAAAUAUGGCCAGAAGGAAAUUCUUGGUUCUAAGUUUCCUCGGGCGUACUAUCGGUGCACCCACGAGAAAGUAUACAAGUGUCCGGCGAAGAAACAAGUGCAACGGCUUGACGAGGAUCCUUACACGUUCUGCGUCACUUACCGUAGUUCACACACGUGUCACUUCUUCACCACUUCCCCUAUUUCAUCAACAACCGACACCACUACAACAGACGGUCAUUACGGUUCCACCGUAGUUAAGAUGGCCGAAGCUUUGUUCGGCAACUUAGACUCGGUUGUUCCUUUUGGUGAACCCUACUUUAACUACCGUAGCCUCUUUCACGGAAGAGGCGGCGAUGGGGAUACGUGA